AUGGGUAAGGAUUAUUACCAGAUUCUUGGUAUUGCUAGAAAUGCAACUUCAGAUGACAUAAAAAGGUCAUAUCGCAGAAUGGCUCUCAGAUAUCACCCAGAUAAAAAUAAAAGUGCCGAUGCCGAAGCCAGAUUCAAAGAUGUCUCUGAGGCUUAUGAGGUUCUUAAUGACUCAAACAAACGUACCUUAUAUGACAGAUAUGGAGAAGAAGGUCCGAGAAAUGGAGGGGAAUCGACAUCAUCAUCAUCGACGAGCACUCAGAAUCAAUGGUUCUCAUCUACCUCGCGCAAUCCUUUUGAGACCUUCAGAACAUUUUUUUGUAGGGGUUUUAAUUUCAACAACUUCGACUCUAAAUUUUUUUUAGACAAUGAUGACUGGAUAGAAUUUGGAGGGUCGUCUCACCAGAGAAACAAGACAAAAGUGCAAGAUGAGCCCAUCACGUACAAUCUUCCAAUUUCUCUAGAAGAUGUUCUCACUGGCAAACUGAAGAAGAUGAAAAUCACGAGGAGAGUUAUCAACGAGGAAACUGGUGCAAUCUCCAUGCAAGACAAACUGCUGUAUGUCAAUGUUAAAAAAGGUUGCUUGGCUGGAACGAAGAUGACAUUUCCUCAGGAAGGAGAUAGAUUGAACAGCAGUCGACUUCCAGCCGACAUCGUGUUUAUCGUGGAAGACAAACCACAUUCGACAUUCACCAGGGAAGGCAACAACCUCAAAUAUAAGGCACCCAUAACUCUUCGAGAGGCUCUCUGUGGAAGCACACUGUUCAUACCAACACUCGGCAGCCUCACAAAGAUAACCCUGGAAACAGAUGGGGUCAUUGGACCCACUUCUACGAGACUCAUUAAGGGACUUGGUCUGCCACUCCCCCAUCAGCCUAACGACAGAGGAGACCUGAUCAUUGAGUUUGACAUCAAGUUUCCAACAACAUUAUCACAGGACACGAGGGAGAUACUGACAGAUUGUUUAAUUGAUUGUUAG